CUGCUCUCGCUGCUCCGUGCCAUCCUGCUCAGCCUCUGCAGCCCGCCAACAGCCCCUGAGCCGGUGACACCCCAAGAUGCUGCACUACUGGCAGAGGUGCCUGAAGACAUCCUCUGCUUCUCUCGCUCCUUUGAGGACCUCACCUGCUUCUGGGAUGAGGAGAAGGCUGCGAGUGGGAUGUGCCACCUCUACUACUGGGAUAUGCCCACAGCAUGUCCUGUCUCCACAUGGAGCCAUGGGGCUGGCAGAAUGCGGCACGUCUGCGUCUUCCCCAGCCAGGACGUGAGGCUCUUCAUCCAGCUCCACCUUCGUGUCCUGGAUGCCAGCACCAACCAGACCAAGUACUGGCGGGAGCUCAGCGUGGACGCAGUGGGUCUCAUUGCCGCCCCUGUGAACAUCACAGCCCGCUGGGCUGGGGCUGUCGGGCAGCUCUCUGGGCUGGUCCAAGCCAAAACCUGGGUGGUCCUUCAGAACCUGCAGCCGGGGGUGAGGUACCACAUCCAGGUGCGCAGCAAGCCUGACGGCACCUCCAUGGACGGCGUCUGGGGGCCCUGGUCGCAGGCAGGGGCCGCCGGACCCCACUCCUCUGGAGACAUCGGGCUGUGCUGCAGCACCCCUGACCUACAGCACGUGCACUGCAAGUGGAGCUGGGACCCCGAAGAGCCCCGUGGCUUCCACCAGCUGUUCUACCGGACACCUCCAAGUGGGGCCAGCGCAAGGGAAGAUGCGUGGCAGCAGUGUGAGGAGGUGAGCGUGGGGGCACAGGGCACUCACGCCUGCACCUUCCAGCCCAGGGCUGGCAGAGCCAUCUCUGUCCUGGUGAACAUCACCCAGUCCCACACAUUACCCACGCUCAGCUACUUCAAGGAGCCCUUCUGGCUGCACCAGGCCGUGCUCACAGACGCCCCGCAGCUCAUGCAGGCAACCAUGACGCAGGGCCGGCUGAGCCUGCAGUGGCUGCCACCCCUGGAGGCGCUGGCAGAGCAGAUGGACUACCAGGUCCGCUAUGCUGUGGAGAACAGCCAUGACUGGAAGGUCCUGCAGGUCCCACGUGCAGCCAGGAAAGAAGUCCUGGACCUACGGCCAGGUGCCCGCUACCAUGCCCAGGUGCGGGCCCAGCCCAGUGGGCCGUGGUACCAGGGCAGCUGGAGCCCCUGGUCAGAACCUGUCGUGGCUGACGCCAUAGCCGAUGCGGGCCAAGGGCAGCAGGGCUGUGAAGGGCUCCGUGGCACCGGGACUGGGGUGGGCUACAGUGCCAGCAGCUCCUCCUCUGCCGCAGGCUGGAUCAUCCCCAGUGUUACGGUGGUGCCGCUGCUCUUCACAGGAGUGCUCCUGGGGCUGCGGUGCACCUUCCCCUCCCUCUACAGCAACCUGAAGCAGAAGCUCUGGCCCCCUGUGCCCGACCUGCACCGCGCACUGGGCAACUUCCUCCGC